AUGCCCGGAAACUACUGCCAGCCAUGGAACCCCGACUACUUCCAGUGUCGCCCGGAACUUGCGCAGUGCGGCACCCCCGAAGUUGGAGUCGACUUCUACGGCGACGAUCUCUUCGACGUUGUAGGGUUGAGGUUCCCAGAUGAAUGCUGUGAUGAGUGCGCUGCGACUUCGGGCUGCAUCGCGUUCACGUUUAUCAACUACGACUGGGAUGACCAAACUCACUGCUAUCAGAAGAGCGCGACGGGCACGAAGAAGGGCGUACCGGGUGCUGUGUCGACCGUUGUUACGAGUGCUUGCCACACCCAAAGCGGUGGCUAUUGCGGCAAUGACAAGGGAACACUCUGCUGCCCGGACACAACCUAUUGCCAGCCCUGGAACUCGCAGUACUAUCAGUGCAUCGACACACCGGAGCGGUGCCCAACACAACUCACGGAUGUGGACUUCUACGGCAACGACAUGGGCGUCUCGUUCGGCGGAUACCCCUGGGACGCUAUCGGCACCAAGAAGAGCAUCCCCGGCGCAGUGUCGGCGGCCGUGACGUCGCCAAGAACCUCGUCGUGCUCCACGCAGGUAGGCGGCUACUGCGGCAACAAGGACUGGUCCAGCUGCUGUCCGUACGGCUCGUACUGCCAGCCGUGGAACUCGGGCUACUACCAGUGCGUCAAGGCCCCCAAAUACUGCUCCACGCAGCUCACGGACGUCGACUUCCAUGGCAACGACCUGGGCGUCGUCUACGGUCUCCACCCGACGGGCUGCUGCGAGAAGUGCACGCAGACUGCUGGUUGCGUGGCGUAUACCUUCGUGAACGACCACCCGGGCAAGCCCGCGUGCUACUUGAAGAGCAGCAUCGACGGCAAGCGUCGGUCGGUGGAGGCCGUGUCGGGCAAGGUGGAU